AUGGCUAGUACCACAACCACAACAACAAUCUACGAAGACCACAUCGAAUUAACACCGAUACGGCCGCCAAACAUAAUCACUCUCAACAUCCCUCAAAAGAAAUCCUCGCUCCACUCUGUCACAUCCUUCACUCAAACCCCCGAUGAAGCCCCCGAAAAUGCAGCAUACUCCGUCUCCGCCAUCCCGGACGGCGGUUACGGCUGGAUCAUCGUGCUAGGCUGCUCCAUAACAACCUUCUGCCACAACGGCAUCAUAAACUGCUGGGGCGUCCUGCAAGCCGCCCUCCUAAACUCGACUCUUCAAACCGUGUCCCCCUCGACCCUCGCCUACGUCGGCUCCCUAGGUCUCGCCGGCGGCGCUCUCUACGGCCUCCUCGCCAUACGCCUGAUGCGGCACGUCGGCUGUCAAACCACCAUUUUGCUCGGCAUCAGCCUCAUGUCGCUGAGUCUCAUCGGCGCGAGUUUCUGCACGAAGAAUCUGGCGGGCUUGUUCGGCACGUAUGGGGUUGUUGGGGGCGUGGGCAUGGCCAUGGUGUAUGCCGUUGCUAAUACGCUGCCUGUACAGUAUUUUAGCGCGCGCCUGGGGCUUGCCAAUGGGCUUAUCAAGCUGGGCGGUGGCAUAGGUGGGUGCGUCAUGGCGCUUGCGUUGGAGGCGCUGUACAGACGUGUGGGGAUUGCGUGGACCUUUCGUAUCCAGGGUUUGCUUACGCUGGCUUUGGGGCUGCCGGCUGCGGCCAUGCUCAAGGAUCGAGUACCGUUGCGGAACGUGCCGUUUGUGGAUGUGAGCAUGUUUCGCAGCGGUACGUUUAUUGCUACGUUUGUUGCGAGUGCUAUUGGGGUUUUUGCACUCUUCGUGCCGAAUUAUUAUCUGCCGCUGUUUGCGCAGUCGAUUGGCCUUAGUCCUACAACGGGCGCUGGCUUGGUGUCUGCCUUUAACGCUUGCAGUGCUAUUGGCCGUUUUAUUGCUGGGCCAUUGUGCGAUAAGUUGGGGCCGCUUAAUAUGUUUGUCAUUACUAUGGCACUCAAUGCGGCGAGCAUGCUGGCUAUCUGGCCUGUCUCGAGUACCUUGGGUCCCCUCGUCUUGUUCGCCAUUAUAAACGGAGUCGCCAAUGGUGCUUACUUUACCACCCAGCCCACUGUCGUUGCUGGCAUCUUUGGUCCUGGCCGCGCGGCCGUUGCCAUGAGCAUGUCUGUGACGGGGUGGACCGGUGGCUACCUCAUGGGCGCACCCAUUGCUGGCUAUCUUUUACAGGCUGCAGGUGGGGGAAAGGACAAUGCUGCAGGUCAGAGUAUUGAUGUUUAUCGCCCAGCCAUCUUCUAUGCUGGCGGUACGGCGACGAUAUCUGCACUGUGUGUCAUCUUUGCAAGGCUCACAGUAGCAAGGCAGUUCAAGAAGAAAGUGUAA